GCGCCACUGGUUUUCCAAGACCACCGCAUCGUCCCUGCUGGCGAAGCUUCUGCAUAACAAAAGUGAUCCAAUAUCUACCGUCCAUCUCCACAACCAACGGCCCAGAUCCAGCUCCAUCUGUCUGCGUCAAUAUUCUAGGAGCGUAUCGCCGCAACAAGUUAUCGCUAGUCCCACUCGUUUCAAUUCGUUCCACUCUCUGUCUCCUCCUUUAUAUUUCUUCGUCGUUUUGAUAUUUUUGUUUUUCGUCUCUUACUCUCAAAAUCUCUCCGUAAGAAUCUGAGCGUUAACGAAAAGAAAAAAGAGGGAAAGUAUUGAAGGAAUCCCAGUGAAGAAGGUAGCAAUGGCUUCUAGUGAUGCCAAUAUGAAGAUCGUUCAUGGCGAAGCUGGUUAUAUACUCGAAGACGUUCCUCACUUAUCCGACUACAUUCCCAAUCUUCCUACAUAUCCGAAUCCGUUGCGGUCGAAUCCAGCUUACUCAGUUGUGAAGCAAUAUUUCGUGCACGUGGACGAUACCGUUCCUCAGAAGGUUGUUGUUCACAAGGAUAGUCCCAGGGGUGUGCAUUUUCGACGUGCAGGGCCUCGACAAAAGGUGUAUUUUAAAUCGGAUGAUGUGCGGGCAUGCAUUGUUACUUGUGGUGGUCUGUGCCCUGGCCUCAACACCGUCAUCAGGGAAAUUGUCUGUGGCCUUUCUUACAUGUACGGUGUCAACAGUGUCAUUGGCAUAGAUGGUGGUUAUAGAGGAUUUUAUUCAAAAAACACCGUUACCUUAACACCUAAGGUGGUCAAUGAUAUCCAUAAACGUGGGGGUACGUUUCUUGGGACAUCACGAGGAGGGCAUGAUACUAACAAGAUAGUUGACAGCAUCCAGGAUCGUGGAAUAAAUCAGGUUUAUGUUAUUGGAGGUGAUGGAACACAGAGAGGAGCAGCUGUGAUUUAUGAGGAAAUUAGACGGAGAGGGCUGAAAGUAGCAGUAGUUGGGAUUCCUAAAACCAUAGACAAUGACAUCCCGGUCAUUGACAAGUCAUUUGGUUUUGAUACUGCGGUUGAGGAGGCUCAACGUGCCAUUAAUGCAGCACACGUUGAAGCUGAAAGUGUUGAGAAUGGCAUUGGCAUUGUAAAGCUUAUGGGGCGCUAUAGUGGUUUUAUUGCAAUGUAUGCUACUCUUGCUAGUAGAGACGUGGACUGUUGCCUGAUUCCAGAGUCACCCUUCUUCCUUGAAGGAAAUGGUGGGCUGUUUGAAUUUAUUGAGAAGAGGCUAAAAGAAAACGGUCAUAUGGUUAUAGUUAUAGCAGAGGGGGCUGGUCAAGAUCUUCUUACAGAGGAAAAUGCUCAAGCCAUGAAUGCAAAAGAUGCUUCUGGAAACAAGCUACUUCAAGACGUUGGUCUAUGGAUAUCCCAAAGGAUCAAGGAUCAUUUUGCCAGGAAAAAUAAGAUGGCUAUCACUCUUAAAUAUAUAGAUCCCACUUACAUGAUACGUGCAGUUCCAAGUAAUGCAUCAGACAAUGUCUACUGUACGCUUCUUGCUCAGAGUGCAGUUCAUGGAGCAAUGGCUGGGUUUACUGGAUACACAAGUGGGCUUGUCAAUGGAAGACAAACUUAUAUUCCAUUCCAAAGAAUCAUUGAGAGGCAGAACCAGGUUGUGAUUACCGAUAGGAUGUGGGCAAGACUUCUUUCUUCGACCAACCAGCCAAGCUUUAUAAACCCCAAAGACGUGGACAAAACCAAGAAAACGGAACAGCAUCCUACUCGGUUGUCAGAAGGGAAAAAUUGCAAAGAUGUUGAAGUCAAGAAAGCAGAGAAACCUCCCACUCAGAUCCUCGGAGUGGACAAUUCUAAAGUUGGACAAAAUUCAGAAAACCAUGUUGUCAGUAGUAACAAGGCAUAAAAUCUCAUGCCAACCCCUUAAUUUUUUGUAUUUGGUGGCACCAGUUUGAACUAAGCGGAUAGCAGAGGGGAUUUUACAUUUGUGACCAUUUCCAUGUGUUGCAAGUUGGAAAGCCCUUGUAUCAAGAUCACUCUACAGCACCUACUUAGUACGUAGAUGUUUCUGUUGCUAAAUAUCCCAGGGAUUAAUAACCAUGACAUGUAACUAUUUGUUCUGGAAAUGAGGUUUAUCAAGGGACUAGUUUAUCAGGUA